AUGUCCUUCAACGGAAUCGGACUCAAAAGUGCGAAGGGCUCGUCGACUUCCGGUCAUAUACAGCGAUCACUUGCGUCUAACGAUGACCGAAAGCACGAUAAGAACUACUUGAGUAGAGUGAAAAAGUCUCAAGAACGACUCAAGGAUGCCAAGGCUCGACACCACAAGAAAGAUGACACUAUUCUUAAGCAUGUGAGUAGGCGAGAAGUAGAACUACGAGUCUCCGAAUAUCGAGAUAAACUGGAAGAAGACGCUGCGAUGGAUGACGCUACCAUCGAAGCCAAAUGUGAGAAAUAUAGACAGAUGGUACUCAAAAGCUGGGAACAAGAGCAGGAAGACGAAAAGCUGCGAAAUGCUUACAUUUCUAGAAGCAAAAGGACCUCAGAAGAUACACGCGAUGCAGAAAAGUAA